AAUCUCCCAGUCCUGAUGCGACAGAAUCCUGCAGAAACACUUCGUCGGGUAUUACCAAAAAUCAGGGAGGUGCUGCACGUUGCAGGAGUGGAAAUGCAGUUAACAGCUGCUGUUUCAUUUCUGACUGUUCUGCAAGAGGAGUCGGUGUCCAUUCAUACAUACUCUCAUUCCUUCCUACACAUCAUUCUCCAGAAUGUGGAACACAGAGAUGCAGGUGUCAGCAAUGCAUGGCUGGAAACUCUUCUUGCUGUAAUAGAAGCUUUACCAAAAGAGAUGAUCAGACAUGAGAUUCUGAAUCCACUUGUUUCCAAAGCACAGCUUUCUCAAACACUUCAGUCUCGUUUGGUUAGCUGUAAAAUCAUGGGAAAAUUAGCUAACAAAUUUGAAGCUCAUAUUAUUAAAAGAGACAUUCUUCCAUUGGUAAAAUCACUGUGCCAGGAUGUGGAAUAUGAAGUUAGAACUUGCAUGUGUCGGCAACUGGAACACAUAGCUCAAGGAAUAGGGACAGAACUAACAAAAACUCUGGUACUUCCUGAGUUAGUAGAACUGGCAAGAGAUGAGGGCAGCAGUGUACGCCUUGCAGCUUUUGAGACCUUAGUGAAUCUGCUUGAUAUGUUUGAUGCAGAUGAUAGGAGUCAAACUGUGCUCCCCUUAGUGAAAUCAUUCUGUGAAAAAUCGUUCAAAACAGAUGAAUCUAUCCUAGUUUCCUUAUCUUUCCAUUUAGGAAAACUGUGUAAUGGAUUAUAUGGCAUUUUUACUCCUGAACAGCACUUACGGUUUUUGGAAUUUUAUAAGAAGCUUUCCACACUGGGUUUACAGCAGGAAAAUGGACACGGUGAUAAUCAGCUACAACUUCAAACUCUGGAACAGGAAAAGAAAUAUAUUUCAGUAAGGAAAAACUGUGCUUACAAUUUUCCAGCCAUGAUUGUUUUUGUGGAUCCAAAGAACUUCCAUUUAGAACUAUAUUCUAUAUUUUUCUGCCUUUGUCAUGACCCUGAAGUUCCUGUCAGAUAUACCAUGGCCAUAAGCUUCUACGAAGUUGCCAAGCUUUUAAAUUCUGGUGUAUAUACAAUACAUAAAGAGUUGGUUACACUAUUACAGGAUGAGUCAUUGGAGGUGUUAGAUGCCUUGGUAGGCCACCUUCCAGAAAUCCUUGAACUAAUGACUAGUGGAGGGGAAAUCAGUGGAUCAGAAAGCAAGAUAUUGUCUAUUCCUGACUUGAUUCCCGCUCUAACAACUGCAGAACAGAGAGCAGCAACUUCUUUAAAAUGGAGAACUCAUGAGAAGUUACUACAAAAAUAUGCAUGUCUCCCUCAUAUUAUAUCAAGUGAUCAGAUUUAUUACCGUUUUCUUCACAGAAUGUUGACAAUCAUUAUGACAAAUAAUGUGCUGCCAGUCCAAAAAGCAGCUGCUCGAACUCUCUGCGUUUAUUUGCGUUACAAUCGUAAACAAGAACAGAGGCAUGAGGUUAUUCAGAAACUGAUUGAACAACUGGGCCAAGGAAAAAGUUAUUGGAACAGACUUCGGUUUUUAGAUACUUGUGAAUUCAUUAUGGAACUGUUUUCAAAAUCAUUCUUCUGUAAAUACUUUUUCCUACCUGUGCUUGAACUUACACACGAUCCAGUGGCAAAUGUGAGAAUGAAGCUAUGCUAUUUGUUGCCAAAAGUUAAAUCUACACUGAAGAUUCCCACUGAUAAACAUUUACUUCAGCAGUUGGAAUUAUGUAUAAGGAAACUUUUGUGCCAAGAGAAAGACAAAGAUGUCCUGACUAUUGUAAAAAGAACAGUGUUAGAAUUGGACAGAGUGGAGAUCUCUGUAGAUGCUUUUCAGAAAAGAUUUUACGAAAAUGAUUUAUUGGAUCAAGAAAAAGAGAGACAAGAACAUCUCCUUUUGGAAAUGGAACAAUUAGAAAAAGAGAAGCAGCAUAAUGAAGGAAGGUCUACAAAUAUUAAUGAUAAAAUGUUUGAAAAGAAGCGUAGAGACAGUAAAACAUCAUCAGUGUUGGCAAAAAGUAUCACACUCUCUGUUCCUGGAAGCUCUUCUGGUAUAACAACAGGCAAAGAAGACAAAAAAUCCAAGUUGGUUCGAAGCCAGUCUUUCAAUACCCAAGCUCUACAUCCAAAAUAUAGCAACAUAGACAAAUGUCCUAAUAAAAGCUCUGCUACAGGACAUAUGUCUUCUGCAUCAGGAAUGGGAAAAAGUUGUAUGUUAUCCUUUAGUGAUGAUUCAUUCCGGACUCAUUCUACUAGUAAUAGUGGGAAUGCUGCCUUUUCUUCCAGUUCUUCUCGCAACUUAUUUAAUCCAUCUGACCAAAAGAGCAAUGGAAAUAAGGAGAGUCAGUCCCGAAAGAUGAGCAUAAAAAACAGAAAAUCAAACUCUUAG